GAUAGCUUGUACAGCAGGAAAUCAAACACAAAAUCCCACAAGAAAAAACACACGGCGAAACUCCAAAAAAUUUAUUUGAAGAAGAUGGAUCCAAAAUUGAUCGAAGUAACACAGCUGUUGGAGCGAUUUAAAGCAUCUUUUGUUCGAAACGAUUUUGAUAAUUGCUCUAAACUUCUUUCCCAGCUUAAGAUCAUGCUGAUAGAGUUCAAGAGUCUGCCUCCAUUGUUUGCUGAAACUCCCAAUGCAAUCCAAGAGUUAACAAUUGCGAGGGAUAUCUAUGAGCAUGCUGUCGUGCUUAGUGUAAAGAUGGAAGAUCAAGAUGCAUUUGAGAGAGACUUCUUUCAGCUUAAGCCUUACUACACAGAUGCUGGUAGUCGUCUCCCUCAAUCCCCUCAGGAGUACCCCAUCUUGGGUCUCAACCUUUUGAGACUCCUCGUACAGAACAGAAUUGCUGAAUUCCACACUGAAUUGGAGUUGCUUUCAGCCAAUGCUCUUGAGAAUCCUUGUAUUAGGCAUGCGGUCGAGCUUGAGCAAUCAUUUAUGGAAGGUGCUUACAACCGAGUAUUGAGUGCUAGACAAACAGUACCUCAUGAAACUUACGUAUAUUUCAUGGAUCUGUUGGCAAGGACUGUCAGGGAUGAGAUUGCCGGGUGCAGUGAGAAGGCAUAUGAUUCUCUUACCGUUAAAGAUGCACGACAAAUUCUAUUGCUCUCAUCAGACCAAGAACUUUUUGAAUACAUCAAAGAGGAGCAUCCUGAGUGGGAGGUAAAGAACGGAUUGGUGGUAUUUCAGAAGGCAAAAGAGUCUGCACCGUGCAAGGAGAUUCCAUCUCUCCAACUCAUUAACCAGACUCUCAGCUACGCCAGGGAAUUAGAGCGUAUUGUUUGAUCAUCUUAAAUUUUAUUUGAUUCCCUAAACCUUGUUAUUUGCUUUGUGAACCAGUCCUGUAUCCGAACUAGUCUAAGGGCUGAUUUGUAAUUUACUGUUAGUCUCACUGAGAACAUCAUUUACAUUUGGUGAAUCGAAAACUGUGGCAUAUUUUUGCAUGCA